AUGGCCCCCGCGCCCGCGCCCACCGUCCCGUCCCUCAAGCAGUCCUUCCUCGCCGCGCAAACCACCCUCCUCUCCCAGCCGCUCGCGCCCUCGGCCGCCUGGCGCGCCGCCAACGACGACGCGUCUGCUGGCGCCGACGACAACGACAACGACGGCAGCGCUGCGCACAUCCCGGCCCGCGCCUUCGACGAGGCCCUCCUCGCGCUUAACAACACCCUCCAGCAGCACGCCCGCCGCGUCUACCCCCCGCAGGCCUCGCGCAACGUCGCCGCCCAGAUCGCCGCCGCGUACGACCGCGACGCCGAGCGCAGGGUCGGCGCCGAUGCCGCCAACGAUGCCGAGGCCCUGGGCCGGGAGCUCGAUCUAGCGGACGAGGGAGUUGUCGAAGCAUUGCCAGAGAAGUGGCCCUCGGAGCGCGACACCAACAACCACCCCGCCGAGGCGAAGCGAUACGCCGACACCGUCGCGCGCCUCGGCGAGCUCAGCGCGCGGCGCAAGGAGCUCCGCCAGCGCGUUGACCGGCUGCGGAGCCUCAAGGCGAGCAUCGCGCCGCUCGACACCGCGGACGGGCGCAUCCAGGAUAACCUCGUCACGCGCAACGGGCCCGUCGAGACGGAGCUCGAGCGCAUGCGCGUCCUUCUCGCGCGCGUGGCCGGCCGUGUCAGUGAGCUCCCCGACAAGAGCGCGUCGACGCAAAACGACGGCGGCAAGAUUGACUUGGACGCCCUGGAGGGGGGCCGAAAGCGCAAGGUCGACGACUUCUUGGCCGACCCGCACGUCUUUCCGUCUUGA